AUGUGUUAUUUAUGUACCCGGAACAGGCCUGAGUCACGAACGCCCUCGAAUCGGCAGGAAGAUGUCGCUUUUGGUGAAUCACCUGAAGGCGAGGAACGACCUCGCGUACGUCGGCGAACGUACGAAUCCUCUGUGCUUCAAAGGCUCGGAGCAGAUCGAAGUUCGCGUUUCAGAGUUCUAGACGACGAAGGUGUGGAUAAUGGCGACGUUCGAAAGCCGGAAGCCGAACGGGGUCGUCGAUCUUUACGACGCGGCCGAUUCAAGACUGGUGCGUGCUCUGAUCAAGUUCAUGAACGAGGACAGAGAUCGAGAUUUUGUGGACGCGCCCUCGUACGACGAGCGCGUCGCCUGCUUGGACAUGGCAGAGCGGACGGGUUGCAAGGAUGCGAUCUGCGUGUUCGUUUCGGCCGUGUACGAACUAUCAGCGAACGAUCAGCUCAGAGCGAGGAGAACCGCAGUACGCAUCUGUUCCCCGACCCUGAUGAAUGCCGUCGAUUCGGCCGUGUGCAGGACGUUCGGCAAGCUGAUGCUUCAUCAGCAGGAGCUUCGAUGGCACGAGCUGGCCACGUGGCUCGAAACGUCCAGACACGACGAUCCGGUGGAAGGUCCGAAGAUCGAAAACGUUUACUACGCGUCCGAAGGAUACCUGCUGCAUCUGGUCCGGAAGUGGCUGACCUCCAAUCCCGGAGAAAGCAAGCGGGACAAGCACGCGCUGGUCGGUCUGAUUCGACCGAGGUUGCUGAACGAUCCGGACGUGCUGCUGAGCGUCCACCGCAAGCUCUUUCAUCUGUCGUCCAUCGACCAGCUCUUCAAGGACGCGACCGAAUACGCAAAGUCCGUUUUCCGGCACCACUCGAUGAACGAGAACGACGCGCUCGGCGUCCGUCACAGCGUUCCGCAGACGGCGACCUUCGGCACUUCUCCUGCGUGCCGUCCGCCGAAACCUUCCGUUCGUCCAUUCGUGCACGUCCAGAACUCCUCCAUGAUCGCUUCUUUUUACCGAACGGCGGUAGCGAGGAACCUUGCGUACAUGGUUUGUCCGGACGGGAGCCUCGAAUACUGUUGCUCGAUGCGCCUGCUCCGCUACAAUCCGAUCAACGGCACGUUCGUCAGAUUGUCGGAUUCGCUGGUGCCGCGAACGAACGAGUCGGUGUCCUUGUGCCGGAUCGACGAACACGUCCUUCUGCUGAGCGGCGGGGGCCCUAA